GUCAUCAGUUGAGAAAAUCAAUUUUCAAGAUGCAAUUCAAACUUUUGUGCUCUGUUUUAUUUAUUGUCCUUCUAGGACGAAUGGCUUUUGCUGAUUCUUCUGAGGAAUCAAGUGAAGAAGAUUCCAAAGAAGUUGCUUCGCCUGCUCAUCAUCCUCAUCAUCACCAUCCACAUCACCCUCAUCUUCCUCACCAUCCUCACCAUCCUCAUCCACCCAAACCUGACAAUGGAACUGACUCUGGAUCUGGAUCCGGUGGACAGGGUGGAGAUGGUGGAGAUAAUCAAGACAAUGGAUCACAAGACGGUUCUCAGGAUGGUUCCCAAGAUGGAUCUCAGGAUGGUUCUCAAGAUGAAUCACAAGGCAAUUCAGAUAAUUCAAAUCAAAAUUCUGAAUCUCAAGGAAAUGGCCAAUCCAACGGUACAUCCCAGAAUAAUUCGAAUAAUGGACAGUAAAUUUUGGAUGCCAAAUGGACGACUAAGUUAUUAAUGGUUCUUUUGUGCUUCUUCUAGUGUUUUAAAUAUUCAUGCAUGAAUAAAAAUUUUCUGAGCAUCAUAA